UUCAUGGUGUAAAUAUAAUACAUUAUAUAAAUACAUGGUGGUACAUAGUAUAAAGCAUAUGUACAUAUAAAUACAUGCAUGAUACAAUAAUAGUAUCAAACAAAAUAAGACACCUAGCUAAUCCACAUGCUCAAUACAUAUUCUCACUCUCUUUCUCUCUAAAACAAAAACAAUGCCAAGAGUCAUGUGGAAAAACUUCCAUCUUUGCUUCCCAUCAAAUCUCACCAAGCCCUCUUCAUCUCCGUCCGAUGCCACCUCCGACGAUCCCAACCGUCCAUCCAUUCUUCUCAUCAACAACUUCAACCUCCUCUACGACGACUCCUCUGCCGCCCACCGCCGCCGCCUAUCCAAGCCUCUCAUCGACGACGUUGAACCCUCUUCCACCUUCACCGCCUCCACCUUCACCGCAGCUAACUCUUCUUCCUCUUCUGCCUCCUACGAUGACUCCGAUAAUUGCGGUUUUGCCCCUGACGACGACUCUUCCCCUCCUGACUUAACCGCCGUUUUAGCCUCCCGUCGCUUCUUCUUCUCUUCUCCUGGUCGCUCCAACUCAAUCACUGACUCGCCGGAUCUCCGCUGCCAGGAUAAUUACGAUACUGCCACUACUACAACUAGGCUUCUCACCGGAGGAACAGCCGUGAAACAACACGUGCAAUCUCCUGAUCCUUACAACGACUUCCGACGAUCAAUGCAGGAGAUGCUCGACGCCGUUACAAACGCCGGAGAUCUUCGCCGUUACGAGUUCUUGCACGAGCUGUUACUCAGUUACCUCUCUUUAAAUGCCGCCGAUACACACAAGUUCAUUAUCAGAGCUUUCGCCGACAUUCUCGUCUCUCUCUUAUCGGACGGUCAUCGGAUCAGCUGACGUCGCAUAUAUUUAUGCUGUCGUAUAAACUUCAUGUUAUGUAAAAAAUAACUUAUGUUAUUUACUUUUGUCUUUUGUAACGAGUCAAGACAAAAAAAUUUUUAAGUUAAUGUAGUUAUUGUGUAAUGAUACGAGAAAAUCGAGAGAGGCGUGGGUUUUUGUCUCAAUCGCAUGCAGUUAGAUUUAAUUGCUUUUAAUCUUUUUUUGUUUUUUACCCUUUUAAUUAAAUGUAAACCGGAGGAAGAUAAAUGUUGAAACUUAAUUCUUUGAUUGAGAAAAUUAUAGCUUAA